AUGAGUUCCUCUCCUCCUCCGUGCUCCAAGACCGCCGCCGGUCAUGCGCCGGCGGCGGCCAGGUACUGCCUGUGCGCGCCGACGACGCACCCGGGCUCGUUCCGGUGCAGGCUGCACCGGUCGUCGUCAUCAAUGGAUGCCACGGCGGCGGCGGCGGUGGCAGCGCCCUCGGCAGCAUCGGAGGAGGCCAAGGAAGCCGCGGCGGCAGCGGCCGCGAGCGCGUUCCUCGAGCGGAUGACGGCCCGGAAGCCGAGGCGGCAGGGCGUGUCUGGGUCUGGGAUGGUCUUGCCUGGGCCUUCGAGGCUGGGAGCCACCGCGACGGAUGAGUAA